UCAUGGCUCUCAACAUCCCCGGAGUGAGCGUCAUGAUGCUCUUCUACCUGCUGGUGCUCGGCAUCGGCAUCUGGGCCUCCAUCAAGUCCAAGAAGGAGGCCAAGAAGGGCCACGGGGACAAAACGGAGAUGGCUCUGCUGGGCAACCGGGGCAUUAACCUGGUGGUCGGCAUCUUCACCAUGACAGCUACGUGGGUUGGAGGUGGCUUCAUCGUGGGCACGGCGGAGGCAGUGUACAACCCGUCCAUGGGCCUGAUCUGGGCCGUGAUGCCCAUAGCUGCCACCAUGUGCUUCAUCAUCGGUGGCCUCUUCUUCGCCGAGCCCAUGAGGAACAACAAAUACGUGACCAUGAUGGAUCCUUUCCAGAUCAAAUACGGAAAAGUACCGACAGCCGCUCUGUCGCUGGCUUCGCUUGUAUCGGAGAUUAUGUGGGUGACAGGGACACUCAUAGGAUUAGGCGUUACCAUGAGCGUGAUCCUGGACCUGUCCUACACGGUGAGCAUCUGGAUCUCCGCCGCCGUCGCCAUCACCUACACCCUGCUGGGAGGCCUCUACUCGGUGGCCUACACGGACAUCAUCCAGCUCAUCCUCAUCUUCAUCAGCCUGUGGCUGUGUGUCCCCUUCACCCUGAUCAACCCGGCUGUCCUGGACAUCACUGAGACGGCCUACAACAGAACCUACCAGUCUCCGUGGGUCGGCACUCUGGAGGCCGACAGAGCCUGGAGGUGGAUUGAUAACUUUCUGCUCCUGGGUUUGGGAAACUUGGGUCUGCAGAACUUCCACCAGAGGACGCUGUCGGCCGCCUCCUCCACCACGGCCAAGAUCACCUGCUUCGCCGCCGCGUUCAUCGUACCCACGUUGGGAAUCCCACCGAUACUCCUGGGAGCAGCAGCUGCAUCGACGAACUGGAACCUGACCUCUUACGGUUCUCCGUCUCCUGUGGAACGUGGGGAGACGGGACUCAUCCUGCCCAUCGCCCUGCAGCACCUCACCCCCACCUACAUCUCCAUCAUCGGCAUCGGGGCGGUGGCGGCCGCCGUGAUGUCCUCCACCGACUCGGCUUUACUGUCCGCGGCCUCCAUCUUCACCUCCAACAUCUACAAGAACAUCCUGAGGACACAGGCGUCCGAGCAGGAGAUCCAGUGGGUGAUCCGGGUCUCGGUGGUGGUGGUGGGCCUGGCCGGGACGUCUCUCACCUUCAUGGACAACAGCGUCCUGAUGAUCUGGAUGCUGCGCUCCGACCUCACCUACACCCUCAUGCUACCUCAGCUCGUCUGCGUCCUCUUCUUCAGGAUCUCCAACGGCUACGGGGCGGUGCUGGGCUGCACCGUCGGCAUCCUGCUCAGGGUGCUGUGCGGCGAGCCGCUGCUCGGGAUACCGCCCAUUCUCAAAUUCCCAGGAUGCACUCUGGUGAAGGGCGUGUACGUCCAGCGCUCUCCCAUCAGGACCAUCUGCAUGCUCUCUGCCGUGGCGGCCAUCUUGCUGUUCUCCUACCUGGCGUCGGUUCUGUUCAACAGAGGCCUGAUUCCUGAGAAGUGGGAUGUUUUCAAUGUAAAAGCUCAGUAUUCAACACAAACACGGGGUGGCGCCAAAUCCGACUUCAAGGACCAGGACUUGAAAGAACAAAACGAGAACGAUGAAGUGUGCGAACCAAUGCUAGAACUGACAUGUUAAACCUCAUUUGAAGUAACAUUUUUAUACAUUUCACAUUACUUUGUUAUGUUAAAAAAGCAAAAAAACAAAUAAUGAGACACUUUUAAUUAUAGUACAGUAUAUUUUGAAUUUUUUGUAUAUUUUUAUAUGCAGCAUAAAUGGAAGAACAUCUCACCUAUGCUCUUGGUUAUAAGAGCUUAGCAGUUUCUCUGCAAUUUUAUGCAGCAGUGAUGCUUUCAAGUGUUGUCGGAUGAGACAAUGGACCCCCGCCGCUCCGGCCAGACGCUCAGUUUGCAGGUUAGAGUUAGAGGUGCUGAUGUUUGGUUGAAUACUGAACCUUAAUUUCAAUAUUUUGUCAUCACAGAGAAGACGGAGGGCUUCUCAAAGCGUCACUACCACGUAUUAUAUAUAACAAUAUAGAAAACUUGAUUGUAAACGAUAAAAUAAUAACCUGUGGUGUGCAGUCUUUCCGCAACUUAAAUGACUCAUGUUAACGCAGGCUCAGCUCAACUGGAAAGCAUGAACAAAAAAACAAAUACAGUGAAAUACGAUGUGAGGAUACGGAUUAGGAUCAGGACCAAAAAACACAAAUAGGACCCACUUUCGACUGAAUUCUCCUAAAUGUCGAAUCUUAAAAGAUGCCUUCUAACACGGAGACUCUGGCAGCUGUGCUCAUGAGGGAAUCCGCCCACUCUGCUUCAGUCCUGCCUCCAGUUCAGGCUUCAGCGUUUCAGAACAGUAACGUAUGUUGAAACCGACGCAGGACCAGUAGUUUGGUUCAUACUGCCAACGUGCUGCACAACUGCCAAACACAUGAAUGUUAACCGACAGCCCACUGACCUGCUCUUUCAUGCUUUGAAGGCCAAUUUAAUUAUUCUGUACUCUGGCUUCAACAAAAACAGCCCACAUGAAAGCAAAAGGCGCUUCGGUGAGCCUAAAAUUUGCAAUCACGUAGUUAAUUUAAAAUAAACCCACUGUUUCUGCCAUUUACUUUCCUUCUUUUCUACACUCGGGCAUUAUUGUUGUGUUUUCUUUUUACUAUUCUUUCAGAUUUCUCGUCGAGGCUGUGGUCAGUGUGGUUUCUUGCACUCGGAAUGCAGCAGCCGCUCAGUGAUGUGUCUUUUUACAAGUGCUUUCUCACUUCUUUAGAAACUCACCAAGGAUUAUGUUAGACGUUAAAGGGAAGUUCUAGUAUUUAAUUAACCGGAAAUUAUAGUUUAAGGCACAAAAACAGCAUUAGGAUGGAGAGAUGUCGUGAUAGAUGAUGUUAUUUGUAAAAAACGACAUCAUGACUACACGAGGACAUCAUUCUAACACAGUCGAGCUGCAGCUACAGACGCCCUGCGCUUGUAUUUUGAGUUUAAAAUGACAAAAACUAAGCAAAGCUGAGGGAAUUUUUUCCCAAGUUUUCCUAAAAUAUCAGAGUGAAAUAUCUAGAAUCUGGAUGGAUGUGAGGGUUGAUUAUCAGAGCGGCAACCAUCUCUCUCCUGUAAUGAUCAAUUGACCACGAAUCCUGAAAAACCAUCAGGAUUUACGACUUUUCUUGGUGUCUGCAUCCCAAAACUCUCUGAUGUGAUGACAGAAACAAGGACAAGAGGUUAAAUGCUGGAACUUCCCUUUAAGCACUUGGACAAUAUUAUAGAUGUGCUGCUUAAAAAAAACAAAAAACAAACAAAAAAAAAAAACAGAACACUCUUCUCUACUGACUGCUUGUAUAAAUAAUCACUUAAUGGGUUACUGUUUAACUGAAAUAAUUAAGAUGGCUUCAAAUACAAUGAAUCUUGUGAAUAAUAUGUCUGAAAUGUAGCCGAACAUGGAUGUAAAGAAAAAAAAAGAAAACAAUGUUAGAAUUAAACACUUGGCUCCAGCCCAAGAUGCUUCACCUGA